AUGAAAGAAGGAAAAAUCUUUUUUUACAACCCUUGUGGCGAAAGACCAACUGAAAUGAAGAAGAUAGAAAGGAGAUGGAUGAAAUACAUAGAAGAUGUUGAAGUUGCUUGUGGUGUACAAUUUCCAUUAAGGAACUGGAGUGUUACAAACAUAGCUCACACUAGACAGAGAGACUCCUUCAAUUGCGGAAUCUACUGUUUAAUAUUCGCCGAGAAGCAUUUGACUAACAAGCUAAGUGACUUACAAUCCAUCACUGAUAAUGAACUGCAAGAAAUGAGAAGAUCAGUUGCAGAGCACAUUAUGCUGUAUGAAGUGUACUUGACUGAGUGUUGUCUAAAGUGUGGUGGUCAAAUUGGAAAUGAUGAGUUUGUAACAUGCAAGACAUGCAGAAGACCAUUUCAUUUUCUCAGCUUCUGCAUAGAAGAGGACCUGAAAACUCUGAAUGAUUCUGAUGAGUUUGAAUGCAGACUGUGUAAAAUUGAUUGGGGAGGGCCCCAAAAAAUCAAGUUUGUGCUCUUCUUCAAGGAAACCCAUGCGUAA